AUGGCAAACUAUACCCGCCCACUUGCCCAAUUUCCCCCGCCACAGACACAAGAUCCCCGCAUCCCAUAUCUCCACGAUGCCGACCACGUCGAGCACGAUCUCUGGGACGACGGCCACCGACUUUGGGGGUUCGUUAUCUACAGAUGUACAUACGAAAGUGACAGUGCCUGGACCGAAUUCAUGAAUCGUCUACUCGCCAGCACUGAGGAGAUGUUCGAUUGGGAAACGGACCUAGAGGUCCUUGAUCGUCUGGCGCUGACUGUAUUCGAGGACUCGGGGAUGUUUAACGGGGCAUCUACGGCGGUGGUUCGGGAGCAUUUUAAUCGGUGGGCUGUGGAUGCCGUGCAGAAGGAACAGGGUACUGUCCAAGGACAGGGACAGGUACAUCCGGGGUCGCAACGGUAUAGGUAUUGCAUUCAGGUUACGCAGGAUGUAUUGGAUUCUGUUCUUGCGGGUGAUUAUGAGAGGAAUGGGUUUGUGCGUGUUAUUCGGGCGGAUUGGGAGGUUUAUGAGCCGUAUGAUCACGGGGAAAGGAUUGAGGAGGAAGAGGAGCCGCUUGAGGGGUGUACUUUGGAAGACGUUGGGUGGGUUAAAGUUCAAUUUGAUGGCAUGAUGUUUAUUGCUUGGGGCUAUUUGAGGAGUGAUUGGGCUUGGGGGGUAGGGUAUCGUCGUCCGCCAAAGAUUGCUCAUUUCUUCUAG